GGCUCCCUCUGCUGCCCAGUGGCGCCGCCAGCGGACUGAGGGCACGGGGUAGGUAGCCGGCCCCGGGGGCAGGCGACAGGGACCCGAAGAGCGAGCCGUCGUCCCGUCCCGCGUUCCAGGUGUGUGAACCUAUAAAAUUAAAUCUUCCAAGAUGAUCUGGUGUAUUUUCAUACUAGGCAUUCUACUUCCUCAAUCUUUUUCCCAUCCAGGAUUUUUUACUUCAAUUGGUCAGAUGACUGAUUUGAUCCAUACUGAGAAAGAUCUGGUGACUUCUCUGAAAGAUUAUAUUAAGGCAGAAGAGGACAAGUUAGAACAAAUAAAAAAAUGGGCAGAGAAAUUAGAUCGGCUAACCAACACAGCAACCAAAGAUCCAGAAGGAUUUGUUGGGCAUCCUGUGAAUGCAUUCAAGUUAGUGAAACGUCUGAACACCGAGUGGAGUGAGUUGGAGAAUCUAGUCCUUAAGGAUAUGUCGGAUGGGUUUAUUUCUAACCUAACCAUUCAGAGGCAGUACUUCCCAAAUGAUGAAGAUCAGGUUGGGGCAGCCAAAGCUCUGUUGCGUCUCCAGGAUACCUACAACUUGGAUACAGAUACCAUAUCAAAGGGUAAUCUUCCAGGUGUAAAACACAAAUCUUUUCUAACAGCUGAGGACUGUUUUGAGUUAGGCAAAGUGGCCUAUACAGAAGCAGAUUAUUACCACACAGAACUAUGGAUGGAACAAGCACUAAGGCAGCUGGAAGAAGGCGAGAUUUCUACCAUAGAUAAAGUUUCUGUUCUAGAUUAUUUGAGCUAUGCAGUGUACCAGCAAGGAGAUCUGGAUAAGGCACUUUUGCUCACAAAGAAGCUCCUUGAACUAGAUCCUGAACAUCAGAGAGCUAAUGGUAACUUAAAAUAUUUUGAGUAUAUAAUGGCUAAAGAAAAAGAUGCCAAUAAGUCUGCUUCAGAUGGCCAAUCUGAUCAGAAAACCACACCGAGGAGAAAAGGGGUUGCUGUGGAUUACCUACCAGAGAGACAGAAGUACGAAAUGCUGUGCCGUGGGGAGGGUAUCAAAAUGACUCCUCGGAGACAGAAAAAACUCUUUUGCCGCUACCACGAUGGAAAUCGGAAUCCUAAAUUCAUUCUGGCUCCAGCAAAGCAGGAGGAUGAGUGGGACAAGCCUCGUAUUAUUCGCUUCCAUGAUAUUAUUUCUGAUGCAGAAAUUGAAAUUGUCAAAGAUCUAGCAAAACCAAGGCUAAGCCGAGCUACAGUACAUGACCCUGAGACUGGAAAGUUGACCACAGCACAGUACAGAGUGUCUAAGAGUGCCUGGCUUUCUGGCUAUGAAAACCCUGUGGUGUCUCGAAUUAACAUGAGAAUACAAGAUCUAACAGGACUAGAUGUUUCCACAGCAGAGGAAUUACAGGUAGCAAAUUAUGGAGUUGGAGGACAGUAUGAGCCUCAUUUUGACUUUGCACGGAAAGAUGAACCAGAUGCUUUCAAAGAGCUGGGGACAGGAAAUAGAAUUGCUACAUGGCUGUUUUAUAUGAGUGAUGUGUCUGCAGGAGGAGCCACUGUUUUUCCUGAAGUAGGAGCUAGUGUCUGGCCCAAAAAAGGAACUGCGGUUUUCUGGUAUAAUUUGUUUGCCAGUGGAGAAGGAGAUUAUAGUACACGGCAUGCAGCCUGCCCAGUGCUAGUUGGAAACAAAUGGGUAUCCAAUAAGUGGCUCCAUGAACGUGGCCAAGAAUUUCGACGACCGUGCACUUUGUCAGAAUUGGAAUGACCAACAGGCCUCCCUCCCUCUCAUGCUGUUCUACACGUGUUUCCUAGGAUUAACUUUCCAGAGUUUACAAUUGACUAACACUCCAUGAUUGAUUCAGUCCUGAACCUCAUCCCAUGAUUCAUCUGUGGACAAUCACAUUGUGGGUUUUUUUUUCUUUUAAAAGCAACGUUAAAUCACUACAUUGUACAUAUAAAACCUUAAAGUUCAGGUGGUAUUACAGAAGGCAGAAUUAAAGAUAAGGUAUUUUUAAUUAAAGAACUUUUUGGUUGCAAUCAAAUUUUAGUACUUCACUACAUCUCAGCUGAUAGGUAGCAGACUAGGAAAGAAAUGCCCUCCAGUAUGUAUCCAGGUGUUAUCUUCACCUAGGCCAACUGUUUAUUUUCUGGCUUUCUGAAGAUUUGGGAUGAACGAGGACUCUCACCUGGGUUCCAGAGGAUGUUUACCUCACCACACACUAUGUUGAGUUUUCCCCAAGUCCUCUUUAAGGAAAUUAUGCCAUGUUUGCCAAUUCCCCUCUUUUCCCAUUGCCCCUAUGGUAAAUUACAGUAUUUCAAUAAAAAAAUUUUUUAAACAAAGUCCUACAUUAACAACACCAGGCCUUUUUCACAAAAAUGCUUAUCACUUAAAGAGGAGAAACAGAUAGCAGAAUUUCUGGGCAGAAUUUCUGGACAGAAUCAUUGGUUAUCAAUACCAUGCCUCUUAUUCCUACAACAGUGGGGUGGCGAGAUGAGCAUUCUGGUUAAACAGCUAUUGUGCCUUAGGAGACUGGAAGUUUAAAAAUGUGCAAUGAUGAGGGAACUGAUUUUUUUAAAAAGGUAAUCUUUUCUUAAAACGUCAGAAUGUUUGUUUUUUAAAAAAUCCAAAAUGUGUUAUAACAAUGACCUAUUUAUGAUCUUAAAACUUU